UCUUAUUGCCAGGCAGAAAUAAAAAAAUGAUGGCGUCCGCACGAGUUUUUGGAGCUUUAAAAGCUGUUUCCCGUGCUUCGCUGACUUCUACAUCGGGUUGUCGUUGUGGAGCAACGCAAAGAUAUUUCUCCAUGUCUUCAGCCCUUGCAGCAAAUAAACACAUCAACUGUGAUGUUCAAGAUGGAAUUGCUGUAUUACGAAUGAACUCUCCAGACUCAAAGGUGAACACCUUGUCUAGAGAGUUCAAUGCUGAGGUAGAGCAAGUAAUGGGUGAUGUCUUAGUCAACGAUGGAGUCAAAGGAAUCGUUGUUAUCUCAUCCAAACCGGAUUGCUUCAUUGCGGGAGCAGACAUUAAUAUGCUGGCAUCAUGCAAGUCCGCUGAAGAGAUUGUUGAGUUGUCCAUGAAUGGUCAGAAGCUACUAGCUCGAGUGGAAAGCAGCCCUAAACCAGUUGUAGCAGCAAUCAUGGGGACAUGUCUAGGUGGAGGUCUUGAGGUUGCUUUGAGUUGUCACUAUAGAAUAGCUGUUAAUAACAGUAAAACAAUGCUGGCUGUACCAGAGGUCAUGCUUGGUCUACUCCCUGGUGCUGGAGGUACGCAACGACUGCCCAAACUGAUCGGUGUACCUAAUGCAUUUGAUAUGAUGCUAACUGGUAAGAACAUACCCGCUAAGAAAUCAAAGUCCAUGGGCCUGGUUGAUCGACUUGUUGAACCACUUGGUCCAGGGCUGAUGUCACCACAGGACAGGACAUUGCAGUAUCUUGAACAAGUAGCUGUAGAAGCAGCCAAGGACAUAGCCUCAGGAAAACUGAAGACGGAGAAAGUGAAAGGUUUUAUGCAGAAGGCCCAAGACUACGUAAUGGGAUUAGGAUUUGUAAAGAAUCAAAUCUACAAGAAGGUUCAUGGUAUGGUGAUGAAGAAUACUAAAGGGUUGUAUCCGGCUCCUCUUAAGAUCAUUGAUGUUGUGAAGACCGGUUUGGAGCAAGGCCCGGAGGCGGGAUAUCUUGCUGAAGCUCAGACGUUCGGAGAGUUAGGAAUGACACCUCAUGCUAAAGGACUCAUGGGUCUAUACACUGGACAGGUCAUUUGUAAGAAGAACCGUUUCGGUACUCCACAACGCCCAGUGAAGACCCUCAGUAUUCUAGGUGCCGGGCUAAUGGGUGCUGGUGUAGGACAAGUCAGCAUUGAUAAAGGAAUGCAUGUUAUUCUUAAAGAUAUGACACUAGACGGCCUGGCUAGGGGAGAGGACCAAAUCUACAAAGGGUUGAAUAAGAAGGCAAAAAGAAGGAAGAUUACAACAUUUGAGAGAGAUAGUCUGAUGUCCAACCUGAGUGGUCAGAUCGACUACAAGAACUUUGGCCAAUGUGACAUGGUGAUCGAAGCUGUGUUUGAAGAUAUCAAUAUUAAACACAAAGUCAUCAAAGAAGUAGAAGCAGUGAUUCCAGAGACGUGUAUAUUUGCAUCUAACACAUCCGCUCUACCCAUCACUAAGAUUGCAGAAGCCAGUAAGAGACCAGAUAAGGUUAUCGGCAUGCAUUACUUCUCACCCGUGGAUAAGAUGCAGUUAUUGGAGAUCAUUACCACAGAUAAGACGUCUAAAGACACGGCAGCAUCGGCCGUAGCUGUAGGUCUUAGACAAGGCAAAGUGGUUAUUGUCGUCAAGGAUGGGCCUGGAUUCUAUACCACCAGGAUAUUGGGACCAAUGCUGUCAGAGGCUGUCAGAGUAUUGCAGGAGGGAGUGAGUCCUAAGGAUCUAGAUAAGAUGAGUACAUCCUUUGGUUGGCCAGUAGGCACAGCAACCUUAGCUGAUGAGGUCGGUAUUGAUGUAGCGGCUCAUGUGGCUGAAUUCUUGGGAGGCUCAUUUGGUGAGCGUUUUGGUGGCGGUAACAUCGAUGUGCUGAAAGAUAUGGUCAAGGCUGGAUAUCUUGGUCGUAAGACUGGCAAGGGAUGCUUCAUGUAUGGAGGGAACUCCAAGUCUAGAGAGGUGAACCCAGGAGCAGAAGAGAUAAUGAAGAAGUAUUUGAUCCCAAUGAAAGGAGCGGACUCGGUAGAAGAUGUCCAACUUCGUCUUGCCUCCCGUUUCGUCAAUGAAGCUAUCAUGUGUCUUCAAGAAGGAAUUCUUAUCUCCCCGGUUGAGGGAGACAUUGGAGCAGUAUUUGGGCUCGGCUUCCCACCAUUCCAUGGAGGUCCAUUCCGCUUUGUCGAUCACUUCGGAGCGGCCAAGUUGGUAGCUACAAUGGAGAGAUAUCAAGGCUUGUAUGGAGUCGAGUUUGCUCCCUGUCAGCUACUGAAGGACCACGCUAAGGAUACAACAAAGAAGUUCUAUCCGGGGUAAUCCUAGUAAGACGUGUAAUUAGCGGAAGAUUGAAACUUUUUGUCCAAAGAGAGAUUGUUAUAUUUGACCAUCAUAGAUUGGGUUUAAACAAACGCGUUGGAGAAGGCAACAGGAACAACGGGAAACUUACAAAAAGUUUAGAAUGGUAAAAUCAGUGCAAAUAUGAUGUUGUUAUUGAAACCAUAAUAACAAAGUUUUAAACUUUAAUCAAUUUUUCAUCCUGCUCUAAAUGGUAUCCUAGAUGUUCAUACCAGGGCCCAAUUUCAUAGAGCUGCUAAAACAGCAAAUAUUGCUUACAAAUUUUCUGCUUAGCAUAAAUGAGCAGGAUACAAGUCAGAAAUCGUACAUGUGGACUGAUAGUUUGGCUGGUUUCCUAAUUCCGGUAAGCAUAAUUUUGUUGUGCUUAGCUACUUUUUGUGCCUAAGUGGCUCUCUGAAACUGGACCCAUGUCUUGAAUAAGAAUUUUGUUCUUGAAGGAGCACAGCAAUUUUCUUCUGGUAAAGGACACUUCUCUAUGAGUAAAAUUUUAAAUUUUUAUGUGAACUGUGCAAAGCAGCAACUGUGAACAGCAGCAAACAUACAGGGCACCGCGGCAAUGUCUGUGGGUGCCGUGGGGUUAUUUGAAAGCCUGUCAUACCCAAUUCAAUACCCCGCAUGGGUGACUCCCAAGAAUGGGUUUUGGGUACCAGUACAACAAAUCAAGACAAUAGACUGAUCCAUUAGGCUUGGCUUACGGCGCACGUGUGGGCAAAGGUCACCACAGCAGCAAACACACAGGGCACCGCGGCAAUGUCUGUGGGUGCCGUGGGGUUGUUUCAAAGCCUGUCAUACCCAAUUCAAUACCCCGCCUGGGUGACUCCCAAGCAUGGGUGUUGGGUACCAGUACCCAUCACAACAAAA